CGGACGCGUGCACGUGUAACGUACAGCCGAACACCGAACAACCCUCCAACCACACUCUCUCUCACCCCCAAGAGACGCAGACGUAAAGUGACAGUGACACACGCGAGGUGAUUGCGGUACGUGGUGCGAUGAGAACUGUGCAAAUCUGGCGGAUCUAAAAAGUGACACGGUCAGGAGGUGGGUCGACAGCCAGCCCACGCUCCAGAGCAGCCCCGACACCCCGAAAUCCAUCAGGAACAACAACAACACGAUCGAGUUGUGGCAGAAGGACAUGCCGAUGCUGCUGCACCAGCCGCCCUCUCACGUCCUGCUCUCGGCCCACGAGACGGACCAGCCGCUCGACUUCACCAUGUCGAAGUUCAAGAGCAAGUCGACGGUGGCGUCGCAGCUGAAGCAGUUCAACAGCUUCGCCGCCCACCAGCACAUGAUGCUGAUGAACAACGGGCUCUACUUCAACAGAGCGAUGACCGCCACCAACAACAACAAGACCUUCACCAGGGGUAGCUCGCCGUCGAGCAGCGAGCCCGAGGAGGAUGUGGGACCGCCGGCGUCGCCGAGGAGCCCGCCGCCCAGUCCGCCCCUACGUAGCGACGACAUCCCCCGCUCGCCGCAGAUGCUCAGCGAAAAACCUUACGGAAAACUAUGGAUGAACGACCAAGAGAUUCCGUGGAGAUCGGAGCUGUCAACAGCCCCAGAAGACUCAAAAGUCCUCCAAACAAGACUGGGAUUGUCACCGACUGACCAGAGGCCGAUCACGAGGCUGGAGAAGACCCCGUCGACGCCCCAGUCCCACGACGAUGGCGAUCCUAACGGCGAUUUGAGCGGCGACGAUCAGAGCAUCAACAGCGACCAUCUCGACAAUCAGGAUGAGAACUCGAUGGACAGCGACCGAGGAGGCGCACUAAACCUGGUCACCGGAGAGAAUGAUCAGCCGAGAAUAUCGACGCCCAAUUCCCAAGUCACCAGCUCCAGUCCCGGAGUACUGGCAGCGCUAGGAGGUCUAGGAGGCUUCCUGGGCAAUCCCCUACAAAUGCUACAGGCGUUCCAGAACCCCCAGGGGCUGCAGCAGUUGCAACAGCUCGCGAUGCUCCACCAGGCCAGCGGCAACCAGAUGAACCCGCAGGCACAAUUUCUCCUGCACAAUCAGGUGCAACAGAUAGCGGCCCAGGCGGCGCAACAGCUCCAGCAGCUGCAGAAGGUGCAGCAGCAACAGCAACAGAACCAACACAACACGAGCAUACCAGCGAACACGCAGCUACCCCAAACUCAGACGACACCCCCCAACAACCACAUCCCGGCCAGCAUGCUGACCCCCAGCACUCCCAGCUCAGGCGGUCUGACGCCCCAGCACCUGAAAACCCCCUCGAGAAUACUAGAACCCUCGCCCGAAGAGACCACCGACCUGGAGGAACUGGAACAGUUCGCCAAGACGUUCAAGCAGCGAAGGAUAAAGCUGGGCUUCACACAAGGCGACGUCGGUCUGGCGAUGGGCAAGUUGUACGGCAACGACUUCUCGCAGACGACGAUCUCGCGCUUCGAGGCGCUCAACCUGAGCUUCAAGAACAUGUGCAAGCUGAAGCCGCUGCUGCAGAAGUGGCUGGAGGACGCGGACAGCACGCUGACGAACCCCGGAGCGUUGAGCAAUCCGAUGACGACGCCCGAGACCAUCGGCAGACGGAGGAAGAAGCGCACGUCGAUCGAGACGACGGUACGCGUGGCGUUGGAGAAGGCGUUCAUGCAAAAUCCCAAGCCCACGUCGGAGGAGAUCUCCAUGCUGGCCGACAGUUUGUGCAUGGAGAAGGAGGUGGUGCGCGUGUGGUUCUGCAACCGGCGGCAGAAGGAGAAGAGGAUCAAUCCGCCAUCGGCGGCGAUGGGAUCGCCGUGCUCGGUGGCCAACACGAACGGCGCCAUGUUCGCCAUCGCCAAUUCCCUGGCCAGCAGCCCGUUGAGUUUGGUGACGUCGUCGGGACACAAUUUCAAUCCGAACGUGAUGGUGAAGCAGGAAUGACACAACGUCAACUUCUUCGCCGAUCACUACAUCGAUUAAUGUGCAAUGGAAUGCUUGUUAUGUGAAAUUGUGCGAUGGACGGACAUUUUUCACGACUGUCGAUUGGUUUAUUGGAUCUCACAAUCGGUCGAACGCAGAACAAGAAUACAUAAUCAGAUUAGUCUUACUAAUUACAUUAUUUAUUUGGUUAAUUUACGCACGGAUGUUCGCCGCACCCGAUCGGCCGGUCGUUUCUGAUUUUGCACUGGCGUUUCCUUAUUUGUAUCAAAUAACGUUUUGUGUUUCAUGAAUGCAAACCGCCACGAGUCGUUGCGGGAAACGAAAUCGGCUGACGAAACAUUACUAACAGUCUUCCACUCCAUAUAACAAGUUCCUAUUUUUAGCGUUUUAGUACUGUCAUUAACAACGAUUUAUUUUUCAUUCGACUGUCGUAGACUUUUAAUUUUUUUAAUCGUUCAAGUCGCGGCUGGUGUGCGCACCGGUCCCAACACGUUUAUGCCAAAAACUACUUAUGUUCAUAGUUGGUAGGUGUCCCCCCUUUAUUUCUUGUUUUAUAGUUUUAUUUUUAUUGUAUAAAAUGUAUUUUUUGUUUAUCCCUUUUUAUAUAUUAUUAUAUAUAUAUAUAUAUCAUGUAAAUAGUGUCCCUGAGGUGGCGUUUUCGAGAGAUCGACUAAAAAGAUCGGAUUUUUCGGAAAGGCGUGUUUUAAAAAUAAAAUAAUUGGCAGGUGACAUUCAUUUGUAAAGCAGGGUCUCAUAUAUUAUAUUUGAGUGAUUGUCAUUCGCUAAUUGGUGUAAUAUAUUGUUGUAACAUAGAGAAGAUCGUACAUUCAAAUGGUAAAUAUAUAAGUAAUUUAGGGUCUAGAUUUUUGUUUAGCAUAGUGUAUAUGAAUUUUAAUAAUCACUUUAUAUAUGUAUGUCAGUGUAUAUAAUCGAAAUUAGACGGUCUAUUUAUGAGGACCAACUUAGAAGAUGAAUGAAAAAGUUCCUAAUUAGUUAAAAAUAAUAAUAAUAAUAAACAACUUGUUGUAUAUCUUUCUUUAUUUCGUAUACACUGAAAGGAAAAAGGAAAAAAUGGUUUUGUUUUUCGAUUUUUUACAAUUCAUUGCGUUCUUGUACAAAAUCAGCACCUCUUGUUUUUAGACCUUCGAAAUUUAACAAAUGAAGAAGAAUAGGGUCGUGUAUGUUUUCUUCAUUUUACACACAUAUAUUUACCAGUAAUUCUUAAGCUGAAAGCCCGAAGAAUAUCAUUUACUCCUAAAACUCAGGUGAUAUUGUACAACGUAACUGAUAUUCUUCUUGAGCUUUUAAUAUUUAUUUCUGUACAUUUUCCUUUGGAUGAAAUUGUACCGAAAUGAAAUUAAUAUUGUAACUUGUGAUUUAAAUGUAUAGGGAAACAUUGUCCGGUCCGUUAUUGCACAUAUCGUCACAUUUCGAAUGGUUUCUCGACCCGACAAUGUUUCCAAUUUUUGCACCCAUAUCAAUGUGUACAACUAGUAAUAACCAGAGCAGAUUCGAACCUUUGUAAAGAUGACAUUUCAUUUCAGAGUCAUAGUGUUUUAGUAUUAUCGUUAGUAAUUAUAUGUGUGUAGUAUAAAUGUAUUCUAGAGAUUGUGUGACUUUGUAAUCACGAGAGAAUGGCUAAAAACUGUUUCGAACAAAAAAUAGUAAUAACACACUAUACACAAACAUAACUUUGUAUCUAGAAGAUUUUUAUCGAGAAAGUUUAUGUAAGGACCCUAUUCGAAGUUGUAAGAUACUAAUGGUGGUCUAGGCAAUAACUUGUACAUUAUUUUCAUUAAAGAAAUGGAUUCGUA